ACCGGAAGAGAAGGGCCAUUGUGUGUGUGUGUGAGAGAGAGAGAGAGAGAGGGGAUGGAAUAUUCAUGGAGGAAGGUGUUAUUGUUGGAGAUUUUGGGGUUUCUUUUAUUUGAUGGGUUGCUUUGCAUGGCUGCCGGCGCGGUUUAUCGGCACGAUUGGGUCUUGACAGAAAAAAACUACACUCGAUUGUGUUAUACCAAACCUGUCUUGACGGUGAACGGCCUGUUUCCUGGACCAGAGCUGCAUGUCCACAAAGGAGAUACCGUCAUUAUUAACGUUGUAAACCAAGCAACUUAUAACAUCACUCUUCACUGGCACGGACUGAAACAACCAAGGAAUCCUUGGUCAGAUGGGCCAGAGUACGUGACUCAGUGCCCAAUCCAACCAGGAGCAAAUUUCACUUACCAGCUUAUUUUCUCUGACGAGGAAGGGACCAUAUGGUGGCAUGCACAUAGCGACUGGUCUCGAGCCACAGUCCAUGGGGCUAUCAUGAUUUACCCCAAGCACGGAACCAGCUAUCCCUUCAAAAAGCCUCAUGGGGAGGUACCUAUUAUACUCGGAAAUUGGUACAACGGAGACGUGAUGCAGAUUAUUGAAGAUGCCCUUCAAAGUGGAGGAGAACCAAACCAGUCCAAUGCUCACACCAUUAACGGCCUACCAGGAGAUCUCUACAAAGAAACCUAUUCAUGCGCAAACCCAGGAACAUUUGAGAUGAUUGUGAAGAAGGGAAGGAGAUAUCUGCUUCGAAUUAUCAAUGCCGGAAUGAAUGAAGAGAUGUUCUUCAAAGUGGCUCAACAUAACCUCACUGUUGUGGGAUCUGAUGGAGCCUACAUCAAACCCAUCACCACCGAAACCAUCAUGAUAGCUCCCGGACAGACCAUGGACGCCAUUCUAACGGCCGAUCAGACUCCGGCUCGGUAUUACAUGGCCGUAACAGUUUAUGCCAGUGGAAACGUUCCCUACGACAACACCACCGGCACGGCCAUUUUAACAUAUAAAAACUACAAGAAGUCAUCGUCUCCGGUGAUGCCAUCCCUCCCCGCCCACAACGACACCGACACAGCAGACAGCUUCACCAAACAGUUCAGAAGCUUGGAAAGCGCUGAACAGGUCCCAAAGGAUUACGAUCUCCGUAUCUAUACAACGAUUACUGUAAGCACAUUGCCCUGUGAAUCAGGCAGCACCUGCUUAGGCCCCAACGGAACAAGACUCUCUUCAAGCUUGAACAACCAAAGUUUCGUGAACCCAUCGAUCGACAUAUUAGAAGCUUACUACAAAUCGAUUGCAGAGGUUUACACAACGGAUUUCCCCAGUGAGCCACCUCAUCCUUUUAACUAUACGGGCGACGAUCUGCCGUCGAGUCUUCUGACAGCGACUCAGGGUACUAAGGUGACGGUUCUAGACUACAACACUACGGUGGAGGUUGUGUUCCAAGGGACCAACUUGAAUGGGCCGGAGAAUCAUCCGAUGCACUUACAUGGGUAUAGCUUCUAUCUUCUUGGAAGCGGUUAUGGAAAUUUUAACAACGUCACCGACCCUGCUAGCUACAACUUAGUUGAUCCACCUCUGAUAAACACCGUUUCUGUCCCUAAGAAUGGAUGGGCUGCAGUCAGAUUCCGAGCAGAUAAUCCUGGAGUGUGGUUUAUGCAUUGUCAUUUUGAACGGCAUGCUAGCUGGGGAAUGAACACAGCAUUCAUAGUGAAGAACGGCUCCAGUGUGAAUGAGAGUCUUAUACCACCGCCACCAAUGCCACCAUGUUCCAAUUUCAACUAUGAACCAAAUGGAACUUUGGUACUUGCACAACUUCUGACUUUUCAGAACCAUAAAAUGACAAGCCCAACAACCGAUCAGCUUCACCUAAUUAUCAGAUUUUGUAUGCUUGAAAUUCAGAUACAGACCUUCAUUAACUAUCUCUAUAUACAUAAAAGCACAAAAUCCCUUGUACAAGAGUCUGGAACGAAUAAGGAUUUUCUAUCUACCAACAAAAUGUGGCCAAGGAGGAAGCAGCUUCUGGGGUUGCAUCAAUUUCUUCUAGGGUUCCUUCUGUUAAAUGGCCUCCUAAGUUGCAGAGCUUCGGUUCGUCAUAGAUUUGUGGUUAAAGAAGCCCAGUACACAAGGCUGUGCAGCACGAAGAACAUCUUGACUGUAAAUGGAAAAUUUCCAGGGCCAACUAUACAUGUUCAUAAAGGAGAAACCGUGAUUGUCGACGUCUAUAACAAGGGAAACUAUAAUAUCACCCUUCAUUGGCAUGGAGUGAGGCAACCGAGGAAUCCAUGGUCAGACGGGCCUGAAUAUGUGACACAGUGCCCCAUUCAAGCCGGAGGAAAGUUUUGCUACAAGAUUAUAUUUUCAAAAGAAGAAGGGACACUGUGGUGGCACGCCCAUAACGACUGGAAUCGAGCCACAGUCCACGGGGCCAUCGUCAUUUAUCCCAAACAUGGAACUACUUAUCAUUUCCCCAAACCUUCUUCCGAACAACUCAUCAUUCUAGGAGAGUGGUGGAAGGCAGAUGUGAUGGAGGUGCUUCAGGAAGCCAGUAAAACGGGAGGUCAACCCAAUGCCUCUGACGCUCUCACCAUAAAUGGACAACCAGGCGAUCUGUUUCCAUGCUCAGCACCAGAAACAUUUAGAAUUCUGGUUGAGCAAGGCAAGACGUAUCUACUCCGAGUAAUCAGUGCAGCAAUGAACGACAUUCUCUUCUUCUCCAUUGCACAACAUAGCCUAACAGUAGUGGGAACAGAUGCGAGCUACACUAAGCCAUUAACAAGAGACUACAUUCUGAUUAGCCCAGGCCAGACCUUCGACGUCUUAUUACAGGCUGAUCAACCUCCAAAUCAGUAUUAUAUAGCUGCCAGAACUUAUUCAACUGGCCAAGGUGUUAGCUUCGAUAACACAACGACCACAGCAACAAUCCAGUACUCAUCAGGCAAUUACAAUGCAUCUGGGCCGCCCCCUUCGCUACCUGUUCUCCCUUAUUACAAUGACACAAAUGCUGCAGUCAACUUCACAGGCGCCCUUAGAAGCUUGGCAAAUGAAGAACAUCAGAUUGAUGUCCCAUUAGCUGUAGACACUCGCAUUGUCACAACAAUUUCCAUUAACACACUUCCAUGCUCGAACACCUCGUGCAUCGGCCCCAAUGGGACACGACUGUCUGCUAGCAUGAACAACAUAAGUUUUGUGAACCCAUCAAUUGACAUACUAGAAGCUUACUACAAUCGGAUCACAAGGGUUUAUGGAACAAAUUUUCCGAGUCGGCCACCGUUUUUGUUCAAUUUCACGGCCGAUUCCUUGCCGCAGAAUCUACGGACACCAAAAUUGGGUACUGAGGUGAAGGUACUGGACUUCAACUCCACAGUAGAACUUGUGUUUCAAGGGACUAACCUGGUUGCAGGAGAAGACCAUCCAAUGCAUCUACACGGAUACAGCUUCUAUAUGGUUGGAUGGGGUUUUGGAAAUUUUGACAAACAUAUGGACCCCAAGAGAUAUAACCUUGUGGAUCCUUCAGAACACAACACCAUUUUAGUGCCCAAGAACGGAUGGGCUGCCAUUCGAUUCCGGGCCGACAAUCCAGGGGUAUGGUUCAUGCAUUGCCAUUUGGAUCGUCAUCUUAUUUGGGGUAUGAACACUGUGUUCAUAGUGAGAAACGGUGCACAGGAAGAAGAACGUAUGUUGCGUCCUCCUCCAGAUAUGCCUCCUUGUUGA